AUGUCAGGCCUGACGCCCCCAUUUCCAUCUGUGGAGGAUGUCCCAUCUUCUCCGGGGAACCUCGAGGAUCGUGGCUCUGAAUCCAGAACACCAUUCGCCGCCGCUUCCCCAGUAACUCCGAGCCCCCGCACCGGCUCAAGUCAAUCCACAUCAGCACAUGACUGGGAAAGCUUUCCUUGGUCUCAGUCCCCCGACCUAACAAUAUCUGAGCGGAAGGGGCGACCAGAGUCCUGGAUCUGGCAGCAUGGUUAUGAUCUCCAAGAGAUCAAGGAUGAGACUCGACAUAGGUGGGUUUGCCGUGAGUGUGUCAAGAAGAAAGACCCGAAGAUCACUGCCCAUCUUGCGUCGGCAACAUUCAACAUUGAGUCUCAUCUUGGGAAUCAGCACAACAUCCACGGCGGCAAAUUACAACCACGCCUAGGGAAAAGGACCAUCGACCAGAUGUUCUCUUUGGCAAGCACCGAGACGCCAGACGUAGAUUUCCAGUUUCGCAAUAGGCUCAAGAAGCAGUUCGAUAAGGCGGUGUUCCAGCGCAACUGGUGCGAUGGAUUGUGGAGACCAACCAAUCCUUCCGAUGCGACCAAUGCCCAUAUUUCUCAGGAUGCGAUUCGACGACGAGUAGCAGAUGAGUAUCAUUUCUUUCGCCUUCACAUCGUCAGAGCUCUGCGACAGAGUCCUAGCGCCGUCCACAUAGCGUUCGAUGGCUGGACUUCGCGAAAUCGGCACCCAUUGUUCGGAGUCGUGGCGUUUUUCUUGGACCAGAGCUUUCGGCCGCGUAAGAUCGUUCUUGGGCUACCCAAUCUUACGGACCGCCAUACCGGCGAAAAUAUUGCCGACAGUGUCCGUGACAUCAUCGAGGCGUUCGAGCUCGGCAAAGAGAAGAUCGGCUACUUCACACUCGACAAUGCCUCCAAUAAUGGCAAACCGAUGGUUCACUUGGCGCAGCAUUUUCAGUGGACCAACGUCAUGUCAAGGCGGAUCCGCUGCUUUGGCCAUGUCAUUCAUUUGGUAGCCAGGGCUAUGCUUCUGGGUAAAGACGACGCGGACGGCGCGAUUGAGUAUGAUCUUGACACCGAUGCACUUGAAAUGUGGGCAAAGCGCGGCCCAAUUGGAAAGCUGCACAGCCUGGUGGUGUGGAGAAACCGCUCAAACAGAGUGACAGAGAUGCUACGGGAUGUCCAACGGCAGGACACGGACAAAAAAUGGCCAGGCUCACUGGACGUCGUCGUGGACAACAAUACCAGGUGGCUUUCUCAGUACUAUAUGAUGGGCCGUGCGCUUCAGCUACGUCCUUGUAUCGAGGUCAUAAUCUCGGACAUCCAGUAUGAAGCUUCCAAGCCAAGGAGGAAGGGAUCCCGCCAACAUUCGUUGCCCCCGUGUCUCGAAGCCGAUGGCUUGCUUACCGAGGACGAUUGGAAGACUAUCGGGUACUACCACAGCAUAUUGCGACAAUUCGAAGCCUGCGUCAAGGACCUGGAAGGGGAUGGGAAACAAAGAAUCCGGAAAGGGGGAAAGGAAGCCGCGUACGGGCUGAUGCAGGACAUCUGCCCUGCGUACGAGUUGUCAAUCGGCCAUUUGGAAGAGGCAAAGCUUGACGCAGACCGUACGCCCGAGCCUGCCCACUUCAGGACAAACAUCAACCUUGCGUGGGCCAAACUGAACAAGUACUAUAGCACUAUUGACCAAUCACCUGCCUAUUACGCCGCAACUGUUCUGCACCCGGCGAUUCGUUGGGACUUCCUCCGUCGAGCGUAUCGCGAGAGACCAGAGUGGAUUGAGAAAGCACAACAGCUUCUCAGCGACAUCUGGCAGGAGUACAAAAUAAAGCGAGCCAAGGAGGCAGAAGAGGCAGUGGAUACCUUCUCUUCGUACUUGGACAGCUUCAAAUCGACGGCGAUGGAAAUUUCUCGGGAAAGCACUGGUGAUGAGCUUGAUCGGUGGCUCCACCUAGCGGAUCCUGUUGAGAAGGACUGCGAUCCAUUCUUAUAUUGGUUCAACAAAAGAUUUGACUAUCCUCGCCUUACGCGUAUGGCCAUAGACAUACUCUCCGUGCCGCCCAUGGCCGCUGAAUGCGAGAGGGUCUUUUCCUCGUGUGGCAACAUGGUCUCGGCGAAACGCUGUCGAUUACAAGCCGAAACAAUCGCUAUCACACAAACCGUACGAUCAUGGCUACGGGCAGGACUAUUGGAUGAUUACGAUGGGCUGCUGAAGGACCUGGUGGAAGUGGAGUUCAACGAGACGUAA